UGUUAUUCAUGUUCAUUGCUCUCUCUCGCUUAUCUGUACUCGUUUACUCGUACUCGUAUUCGCUGACUCAUUCGCUCGCUCGCUUGCCUGCUUGCCUAUUGGCACAACCCUUUCAUCCUGGUUUAACGCACCUGUAAUUUUGGAUAUAUGUAUGUGGUCCCAUAAUAAACGUAAUCAACACUUUGUAUUCACCUUCUGAUUAAUAUACCGUUGGAGCGUUAUCUAGUGACGAACUGUAUACGAAGUUUAAGGAUUAUAUUGAAUACCGACCACCACAAGGUUUCCAUUCAGAAUGGUCAAGUGCUUUCCACAGACUUCUGUACUGAUUAUUAAUAAUAUGAAUUGAUUUACGUAUUACCUGUUUUAUACUUAUCAUAAUUCUUUCUUUCUUUUAUGAAUGGAAAAUAUCUGCAUUUCUCAAUGAGCAGAUUUACUUUCAAAAUGAGCGUAACGUUAAUGAUAAUGGUUAUUUUAAAUCACCGUUUUAUACCAUUUUGAUCAGAAUUAUCAUUAUAAGGACAUUACUUUUCCACAUUGAACUAUGUACUGCAAGUGAAUCCGUCUGAUGACAUAACUGAAUCAACAAAAGUUAAACGGCUGAAUAAAUCAAAACUUUCCAAUUCCUUCAAAUCACAAUCAUUACAUAGACGUGGCGAUUUAAUUGAAUCCGAUCAAAAUGAUAUCAUAAAAAUGAAAGCUGUAUUAAAUAAUACAGCUUUGCUACCAUGUCGUCCAGAUAAAAGAUUAUUAACAGAAAAUGGUGUAGACGAGAAUACUAAAGGCACUCUUUUAUGGAAAAGAACUAAAACCAAUGAAUAUCUUAUUUAUAAUAACAGACGACUUCAUUCAGAUACUCGAUACAUACUGGAUAUGUCAUCAUUUGAUCAGACAAUACUUGAUCUUCGUAUUGACCGUGUUCAAAGAGCAGACGAAGGUGAAUAUGUAUGCUUAUAUUCAAAUGGUCAUACGGUUUAUAAACAACGUGUUUACCUCAAUGUACUCGUACCUCCGGUUAUUUCUGAAAAUAGUUCCAGCUCCACAAGAGUAACAGCACAUGAAGGUGAGGCAAUUAUCUUACAUUGCAAAGCUUGGGGAGUACCAGAUCCUAUUAUUACAUGGUAUUUAACACCGAAAGAAGGACGUCAAUAUAGAAUAUAUGAAGCAACUGACAAAAGAUUCAUGAUUAAACCGAAUGAGUUAAUUAUUUCAAAUAUAACUCGUGAUUUGCAAGGAACUUAUAAAUGUUUAGCACAAAAUGGCUUAGAACAAAACGCAUGGCGUGUAAUAGAGCUCGAUGUAAGAUAUCCUCCAACUAUUGAAAUGGCCAAUCUCAAGCUUGGCCAACUACUUAAAGGCACGACAAUGGUACGAGCUGUGAUUUCUGGCAAUCCAAUUAAUUUAUUUUACUGGGAAUUUGAAGGAAGGCCAAUACAUGGACCCAAUAGUAAUUGUCUCGUACCGAUGCCGAAUGAAAAAUAUUGUAUCCUUGUCGCUUCUGUGGCGUGUGCUACUGAUAUCGAUAGAUAUAAGUAGUAUGUAUCAUCAAUCGGAAGUGAAAUACCUGGUGGUAGAAGGUUAAGAAGAUCAAAGGAAAGAGAACGAGAAUGGAGAAUGAUUGGUGUGAAAACGAAUGGGCAAUGAAGUCUGAGACGAUUGAUUGACGUUUUCAAAUGAAGUAUUUACCGUAUGGUUCUCAUAUUUACUAAAAUAUUCUGUAAUUUUGUAUUCGAAUAAAUUCGAUUUUCCCCAGUUGUGUUCUUGAUCGCUACACUUCAACCGUCA